GGCCCGGGCUACCAAACACACCCUGCCUGUAUCCACCUCACGUCGCCCGUGGCAAUGGGGAUCGUGACAUUCGGUAUCUAGAGCAAGGUUUCUUCUUCAAAAAUCCCCCACAAAAAUUCCAACAGAUGUUUUCCCCCAUUUGAUCUGGUUGUGCUGAAGCGAUUGGAGGUGUGGCGAGGACAACGACGGAUGCGAACUUGAGCGCCAUCAACGAGAGCUUGGUGCAGCUCAGCGUGACGCUGAGUUGUAUAGCCGCCAGGCAAGACCAGAUGUUGAUCAAUAUGAAGAUGACGACGGUGCCCGCGCCCAUCACAACAACCACGCCAGUAUUCGUGCUGGGUCGACUACUGGAGCAGCAGACAAGCAAGCCUUCGUCAACAUCGCCCAUCUCGGAUGUUCAGGUCGUGGGUGCUGGUACUCUGCACGCGGAUGCUGUCUUCAGUUCUGCCUGGCCACCAGGUGUUCGACAAAAGGUCCUGUCCACGACACCAACAACGGCCAUGCCGAACUCGUGUUCCCAGCCAGUGCCACUACAUAUCUCCCUGCUAGGACAUCGCCGGAUGCCGGGAGCGACAUACAACAAGGUGUGGGUGGGGCUGGCAUGGCCACGCCUGCAGGCUGUUUGACGAAUUUUCGCUCAUGGCUGCCAGAUGUCCCCGGUGAAUGUAUACACAACGCCGACACCAGCAGGACUCAAGGUUCUCCUUGUCAAGUGGAGGAGUAUUCCGCAGAUCAGUGUCCAGUACUUACGCUGAUUUCCUUCCCUUGUUUUAAUGGUGAAAACCCACGGCUCUGAAGAUCUAAGUGCCUCGAGUAUUCAAGAUCUUCAAUAUAAAUGAGUGCAUUUGGGUUAUUGCUGCUUCCCUUUACAUGGAGGGUGCGGCUGCUGAAUGGCAGAAGGCGUACGCGUUGAGUCAGCAUGUUGGUUGCUGGCCCCAGUUCAUCAGCGUUGUGGAAUCAUAAUCUGAUAUUGGGGAUUUUACUCAGAUGUUGGGCAGACAUGUGGUAAAGUUAUCCAGUCCAUCUUCGUCCCCAAUGACAGUCGUUCCAGGUUUACACGAUGUUGUUGUCGAUGUGUUGCCGCCAGAGACACUAGUGGUUGGGGCAGCUCAUUCGGUGCAUGAAGAAAUGCUAGUUGUUUCCGAAGACAAGAGGAACAUGGAUGGUGCUGUCCGUCAGACUUAGGAUGAGAUUUGUGAUGAUGUGAUCACUCAUGUAGGUAGUGUGUCUCUGUUUUGGGAACUUGGUUUGGCUUUUGCAGAGGAUUUGUGCUGAAAGGAUUUCCAGUAACAUGGCAUUGGACGAGGAGCUUGCUGACACCGUGCUUACUCAUGUCGGUGGUUGUUCAUUGUUCAUAGAACAUGAUAUGACUACACAGUACACACCAGCAGUUUUAAGGAAAUAGUGGUAUAAACAAAAAAAUUGAUCCAGGAUUUUGUGUCAGUAAGCUGUUGUCAUUCACAGGGUGCACACAAGGUGCAACAUCAAUGUGCAACUCUUAUCCAUGCAUCUUAAGUCAUAUGGCCAAGGAGAUGAAAGCUGCAGUAUGCACAUUCAAAAGGUUAACUCAGUUUACUCGCAAGUCAUCACCUCAACUAGUGCGCACAGUGCAAGCUACUUAUUUCAUUGAUGUGGAACACCCCUUGGUAAUCUGGUUAAGUAGGACUUGGGAUCCUAGAGGUUCAAGGUUCGCAUGUUGGGUACUGGAUAACAAACUGUUGUUGCAAAUAUUGCUGUUUCUUUCAUGAACCUGCUACAGUACUUCAUUUAUGUGCCUGGGAAGAUGGGAAGUCAACAGUUCUUGCAAUUGAGCUCUAUGUUCAGUGGGACCCAAGAAUUAUAGAGAAUGUUCUUAUGGAUGCAAUUUUUGUUCAACUGGAUCAGAAAUCGGUUGAUCUGCUUGUUCUUUACAUUCAAGUGAUCUAAGAAUUAUGCAACUACACCAUUGUCCUAACGUACAUGCAAUGGGAUCCUCCUGAUUGGUUUUCACUGCAACCUUUUACAAGGAACCUUCAGUAUAUGUUGGGAUUGCGUGAUCUAUGGCGUUGGCAUGAUAACAAGCAUGAAAUGAAUGAGAGAAGGAACCUUGGGGGUACAAUUUUGGAUGAAUGGUCUGAACUGAUAAAGCUUACACACUUGCUACAAGAAAAUGGUAAUCAGUGUAGUCACAUAUUUGGGAAUGCAAUGUUGGGGCUGAUUACAAACUUUGAUGUGCUGCUGGACUGUACAAGUGUAUGGCCAACAGAAGUGGAGAGGGACAUGUUGCCUUUGCGUUGCACCUCUGUAAGUCCCAAGACUUAUUGUAUGGUCAAAUUUUUCAUUAGAGCAAACUGAAGAAAAAAAGGCAUCAUGUAAAUGCAUUGUACUUCAGCCAACAGUCCAAGUUGCAUAGAACCAAGUCUAUCUUCCUUAAUUAUGUGGUCGAGCAGGUAUGUACAAUUGUCGUGUGACCAAGGUGAUGCACACAGGACUCUCAGUUCAAGACUAGUCCAGUCCACAGUAUGUGUUGCUCUGCCGAGACUGUGGGAUCCAGGCAUUGUCAUAGUCCAUAUAUAGGGGCAGGUAUGUACAAUUCAAGUUGCAUACAACCAAGUCUAUCUUCCUUAAUUAUGUGGUCGAGCAGGUAUGUACAAUUGCCGUGUGACCCAGGUGAUGUGCACAGGACUCUCAGUUCAAGACUAGUCCAGUCCAUAGUAUGUGUUGCUCUGCCGAGACUGUGGGAUCGAGGCAUUGUCACAGUGUCCAUAGGGGCACGUUCUUGUUUGUGUCCAGGCUAGACUGUUUCAGGGCAGAAUAUGGAGUGUCUCCCUUUGGUAUCCUCCCUGUCCUCGUCUCCUUCAGGUCCGGCAGCUACCACAAGCUGCCUGUAUCCACCUCACUUCCCGGUGAUCGCAGUAGCAAUGGGGAUCGUGACACAUAUGCCCGCAAUGCAGCCAUACGCCCAUACACGUUGUGAUCUGCAACCUUCUUCUUGUGCUCCCAUGUUCAACAGGGAAACAUUCCACACUGCCACCGGGAUGAUAUGCAUGUUAUGUGCACUCUUAGCUGCAGAUAAAAAAGCACUAGUGAUUCGAUGCUGUCCAGUCGUAGAUCAGUGCGUGCAGUUUACUCAAGCAAUCAAAGUUGAUGCAACUUGUUUCGUACAAUAAGAGUUGAUGCAAUUGCAACUUGCACAUUCUAGCAAGCUGCAGGAUUAACGUGCAUGGCUGCACUGUCUACAAGCAUAAGAAUAUAAGAUACUCGCUCAGGGGAAAUAUUCAGUCACAGCGGGAGCUUGCCCACAGGGCUGCGCCCCGGUACCAAUAAUCACAGGCUAAACAAGCUGGCCGUUGGAUAAUCUUGCACGAAAAGUCAGAAGUCCGCGGUCAACAAGCCGGGGAUUGCGCUCAGCGAGGCGGUUGACUUACUCUGCAUGCGACUUUUGUAAGUUCGAGGCUAUAAUAUCAAUCCUUUUUCCGCAAAAAAAAAAAAAAACCGAUCGCCCAUGUGAUGUGCUGCUCGUCUCUGCCCAACUGGGAUAUAUGUGAGCCACCAGAGUUAGAGUGUAACUAGUUGCUGGAACAUAAGCGAUGGGAAAACAAUGGCUGAGUUCAUCAAUGGUGGCGCCCUGUCUGUUGUUGCUUCUUUUCGGUAUCGUCGGGGGCGGUGGUGUUCUUCGAGUCCAUGGCCAGGCCGAUAACUUAGGUUUCUUAAGCAUCGACUGCGGGCUGCCGGAGAGCGCCGCCGGGUACGUGGACAACGUCACCAAGCUGAGCUUCGUGUCGGACGCCGGCUUCAUCGACGCCGGCACCAACUACAACAUGUCGACCGAGUACAUUACGCCGUCGAUGGGCAAGAGCUUCCACAACGUGCGCAGCUUCGGUGGCGGUGCCAGCGCCCGGAACUGCUACACACUCCGGAACCUCGUGUCCGGGCUCAAGUACCUCAUCCGGGCCAAGUUCAUGUACGGCAACUAUGACGGCCUGAACAGAGUGCCAGUGUUCGACCUCCACCUGGGCGUCAACUACUGGACGACGGUGAACAUCACCGACGCCGACACGCCAGUGAUCGUGGAGGUGAUCGCCGUCGUCCCCGGCGGCUCGGCUCAGGUGUGCCUUGUCAGCACCGGCUCCGGCACGCCCUUCAUCUCCAGCCUCGACCUCAGGCCGCUCAAGAACUUGCUCUACCCGAUGGCCAACGCCACGCAGGGUCUCGUCCUCCUCGCCAGGGCCAACUUUGGCCCAAGCGACGGAAAACUCAUCAGGUUCCCCGACGACCCGCACGACCGUAUAUGGUUCCCGAUGAGCAAGCCAACGGAGUGGUCGGAGAUCACGACGCCGUUGAAGGUGCAGAACAUCGACAACGACAACUUCGAGGCGCCGACGGCGGUGAUGCAGACGGCCAUCACGCCCAUCAACGCGUCGAGCCCCAUCGAGUUCUUCUGGGACGCCGAGCCCAGCGCCAACGACCCGGCGCCCGGGUACAUCUGCAUCCUGCACCUCUCCGAGCUGCAGCUGCUCCCGACCGGCGCCGCGCGGCAGUUCUUCGUCACCAUCAAUGGCCUGCUCUGGUACCCACGCGGCUUCUCGCCGCAGUACCUCUACUCCAACGCCGUCUUCAACAGCAACGCGAACUACGGCUUCCACCAGUACAACGUCUCGCUCAACGCGACUCCCAACUCCACGCUCCCGCCCAUCCUCAACGGCCUCGAGAUCUUCUCCGUCGUGCCCACCACCGGCGUACCCACCGCCGCCCAGGACGUGUCUGCAAUCACGGCCAUCAGAGGCAAGUACCAGCUGAAGAAGAACUGGAUGGGAGAUCCGUGCGUGCCCAAGAUUUUCGCGUGGAACGGACUGGGUUGCAGCUACGCGGUAUCCAUCCCACCAAGUGUCACAGGCUUGAAUCUAUCUGCGAGUGGUCUCAGUGGCAACUUGUCGUCUUCUUUUGCCAGUCUCAGAGGUUUACAGUACCUGGAUUUGUCACGCAAUAAUCUGACGGGCACAAUUCCUGACAGCUUUUCACAGCUGUCAUCGCUCACACUUCUAGAUUUGACAGGCAAUCAGAUCAGUGGAUCAAUUCCUUCUGGCCUUCUGAAAAGAAUGCAAGAUGGCUCUCUAACACUCAGAUAUGGUAGCAAUCCAAACCUCUGCACCAACGGCGACUCAUGUCAGCCUCCGAAAAAGAAGAAAAGCUCUAAGGUUGCCGUGUAUGUUGCCGUUCCGAUUGUCGUACUGUUGGUGAUUGUGCUUCUGUCAGUACUACUCCUUUGCAUGCUAAGAAGAAGACAAGGAACAACAUCAAGAAACAGCGUCAGGCCGCCAAACAAGGCGAGCAUCGCGUCGUAUCACUCUCACUCUCGGGUCAGCAAUGAACACAGCUCGUUGCGUCUUGACAAUCGCCGGUUUACGUAUGCUGAUCUGGAAGCUGUGACGGAUGGCUUCCGGCGUGAGAUUGGCAAAGGAGGGUUUGGGAGAGUCUACCUUGGCACCUUGGAGGAUAACACCCAGGUGGCUGUCAAAUUGCGGUCUGAAAAUUCAGAUCAGGGUGAACAAGAAUUCCUAGCAGAGGCUCAAACCUUGGCUAAGAUUCAUCACAAGAAUCUUGUGUCAUUGAUUGGAUAUUGCAAGGACAGGGAGUACAUGGCUCUUGUAUACGAGUACAUGUCUGAAGGAGCCCUACAUGGACAUAUUAGAGGGAGAGGGAACAACUCUAGAUGUUUAACCUGGAGGCAGAGACUUCGUAUCGCACUGGAAUCCGCACAAGGGCUUGAGUAUCUGCACAAAGGAUGCAACCCACCUCUCAUCCACAGAGAUGUGAAGCCCGCAAACAUCCUGCUGAAUGCAAACUUGGAGGCUAAAAUAGCCGAUUUUGGCUUACUCAAGGCUUUCAAUAGUGGCAGUGAUACUCAUGUGUCCACGGAUAGACUGGUCGGCACAACCGGUUAUACUGCACCAGAGUACCUAUUAACAUAUCAGCUCACCAUCAAAAGUGACGUGUUUAGCUUCGGCGUAGUGCUGUUGGAGAUAAUCACAGGGAAACCACACAUCCUGAAUGACCCAGAGCGGACGAGCAUUGCCCAGUGGGUGCAACGAUGUCUCGCCCGUGGCAACAUUGAGAGCGUGGUGGACAUCCGCAUGAGUGGCGACUAUGAUGUUAACGGCGUGUGGAAAGCCGCCGACACAGCGCUUAAAUGCACCGCGCAGUUGCCGGAGCAUCGUCCCACGAUGACUGACGUUGUGGCACAGCUGCAGGAGUGCCUUGAUCUUGAGGCUGCCCGAUGUGACGCGAAUGGCGGGUUUUACUCCGCAGGGAGCGGUGGAAACCCGAGCGGAUAUAGUGGCUACGGCACUGAUAUUUCCACUGACGUGAGCCAGAGCAGCACUGGAUUUGAGAUGGAGCGUUUGGGUAGGGUGCCAACACUGCCUACUGGUCCAGAUGUGAGGUGAGGAAGAGGACUUGGACAAUCGAUUUUCCCUAAGCCUCUGGUCUACAGGUUUCCUUUGAUCUUCAGGGAUUCGACAAAGUUUUUUGUUGAUGUUGUCAUUAAAAGAAGUGCAAAUGUACAAAGUGAAGCAGAUGUUCAAACAAUUAAGGUCCACCGAUGGCAUUUUUAUAGGCGUUGUGAGUAAGACUGAAAUAACAACUCGUAGGAGUAAGAUCCUUAAUUUUAUGAUAUACGUUCUCAAUCUUUUUGAACAA